AUGGAGCAAGAAGGUGGAGUGCUAAAAGAAGGCUUCCUUGUGAAAAGGGGUCACAUUGUCCACAACUGGAAGGUCAGAUGGUUUAUAUUGAGGCAGAACACACUGCUGUAUUAUAAGCUGGAGGGGGGCAGGAGAGGUGCCUCUCCUAAAGGCCGGAUCCUCCUGGAUGGCUGCACCAUCACCUGCCCUUGCCUGGAAUAUGAAAACAGACCGCUCCUCAUUAAGCUAAGGACCAGAACAUCCACAGACUACUUCUUGGAGGCCUGUUCCAGAGAAGACAGGGAUGCCUGGGCCUUUGAGAUAACAGGUGCGAUUCAUGCUGGACAACCAGGAAAAGUCCAGCAGCUUCACAUCAUGAAAAACUCAUUCCGGCUUCCCUCUCACAUCAGCCUUCAUGAUAUAAUUGACAAGAUGCGUGACAGUAGCUGUGGAAUACGCCCAUCGCCCAAUAUGGAACAGGGAAGCACCUAUAAAAAGACCUUCAUAGGCUCUUCUCUGGUGGACUGGCUUAUCUCCAGUCAUUUUGCUGCUAGUCGGAUUGAAGCUGUGACUCUUGCCUCCAUGCUGAUGGAGGAGAACUUCCUUAAGCCCAUUGGAAACCGGAGCACUGAGGCCAUUCGCUCUGGGGAUUUAGCAGAGCAGUUUGUUGACGAUUCCACGGCCCUGUACAUUUUUACUGAAAGCUGUAAGAAGAAGACAAAUUCAAAAGAAGAAUUCGACUUUAGCACCGCUGAACUGAGUGGCACAGUGAUUAAACAAGGAUAUUUAGCCAAGCAGGGACAUAAGAGGAAAAACUGGAAAGUGAGGCGCUUUGUUCUGAGGAGCGACCCUGCUUUCCUACACUAUUAUAACCCUUCCAAGGAGGAGAACAGGCCAGUUGGUGGGUUUUCUCUCCGUGGCUCCCUGGUUUCAGCUUUGGAGGAUAAUGGAGUUCCCACUGGUGUUAAAGGCAAUGUACAAGGCAACCUCUUCAAAGUGAUCACUAAGGAUGAUGUCCACUACUACAUCCAGGCCAGCAGCAAGGCAGAGAGAGUUGAGUGGAUCGAAGCUAUCAAACGAUUAACAUGAGCAAGGUCGCCAGGCUCACACCUACCUCUGAAGACAUCUGCUGGACCUCCAGGAUCAGGCCUUCU